AGGUAUCUCAUGACCAUGGCUAAGUGAUUAUGCUUUCUAGUUAGUAUUUUAAUUUAGAUGACAUGCCUAAACUUUAGUUUUUGGGCAAUCUAGUUCUUUAUUUUUUAGUUGCAUUUAGUUUGAAUAUCGCCUGAAAUGAAUAAUCACUCGUCCCGCAAUAGCGGUGGUCCUAGAGUUGUCACAAUCCACAAAAGUGAAACAGGCUUUGGCUUCAAUGUGCGAGGCCAGGUCAGCGAGGGCGGUCAGUGGAGGCCCAUAAAUGGAGAACUGUACCCACCACUGCAGCAUGUCUCUGCGGUGCUGGAGGGUGGUGCUGCUGAGAAGGCUGGAGUGAGAAGGGGGGACCGAAUCUUGGAAGUUAAUGGGGCCAGCGUUGAAGGUGCGGAACAUCGCUAUGUGGUGGAGCUCAUCAAGCAAGGGGGGGAUGCUCUCAAGCUAACUGUAAUAUCUGUCUCACAGAAGGAGGCCGAGCGUUUAGAGCCUAGUGAUGAAACCUCCGGGUUCUCCUACAUUGACUACAGCGAGAAGCGCUCCCUGCCUAUAUCUAUUCCUGAUUAUUCCCUGGUGGAGAACAGGACGGGAGAGAAAUAUGUAGUUUUUAAUAUUUAUAUGGCUGGCAGGCAUCUAUGUGCCAGGAGAUAUCGUGAAUUUUCGAGCCUUCACAACGAGCUUAAGAAGGAAUUCCCUGACUUCAACUUCCCUAAACUUCCUGGCAAAUGGCCAUUCACGUCAGUGAAGUGUACUGGUGCAGGUCAGUGCAGUAUACUGGUGCAGUCGCAGGUGAUAGAGUUUGCAUGGGACAGCAUCGAGAACUACGAGGUGGACGACGAAGCUCUGGCCUUCUGCUUCAGCUUCCGCCAGAGCAACGAAGUGAGCCGCUGGGUGAAGGUCUUCACGCCCUACAGCCACUACCUCGCAGACUGCUUUGAGCGCGUCUUGUACGAGCGUCGCCAUCAGGAGACCACCGAGACCCUCUAGAGGGUGAUGUAGACCACGCCCCUACACGCCUCUAGACCGUGUAGACACGCCUCUAGACCACGCCCUACACACACUACCUCUCAGACUGCUUUGAGCGCGUCUUGUAUGAACGCCGCCAUCAGGAGACCACCGAGACCCUCUAGAGGGUGAAGUAGACCACGCCCCUACACGCCUCUAGACCGUGUAGACACGCCUCUAGAACACGUAUACACAGGCUACUUCGCAGACUGCUUCAAGCGCGUCUUGUACGAGCGUCGCCAUCAGGAGACCACCGAGACCCUCUAGAUACAUGACCGAGACCCUCUAGAUACAUGAUCAACUGUUGAGUUAUGCUGACUAAGAAGAUGACUUCGAUUGUUCUCCGUACAUCCUGUGCUAAAUACCCGAAGACAAUGUGCUGUAAUUUGGACCGUUUGGGACGGUCUAUUUUCAGGAUUGAAAUCAUCGAGGAGCCCAAAGAGGCCAUGAUAAUUUUCGAGUGUCAUGCACUGACAUCCCGUAUCUAAAUAAGCAAGUUACUGGUUUCGGAAUAAUGAGUCGACCAUUUAUUUUGUUUAGAAUUGAACAAGAUUUGAUCCGAAGUUAAAGCAGCAACUUGCCGCUCGGAAUGGGGAGGCUGUGAGAGACUUCUUGCCACGUGCAUCAUGUUUUACUAGAGGAUAUGAUGAUAGCAAAACGAACAUGACAUGUGCUUGAGUGAGAAGCUUGGGAUCGCUUUCAAUGUCGUGCAUCAUAAGCCGUAUCAUCAUCAGCCGUAUCAUCAAAGAAGUAUCAUCAUCAGCCGUAUCAUCAAAGAAGUAUCGACAAUCUUUUGGGGAAAUUUAUUGGUGUAUUUCAGUAUUAUUCUGAAUGAAGUUCUGCAACUUGCGCUCAAAGCUUGAAAAUUAUUUCGAAAUAUUGCCAACACAUUCACAUAGAAGUUUCCGUCGGAAGCUUUUCAUCGUGAAAUAGCGUGAACCGCUUAUAUAUUAAAUUCAGAUAUAUUUCGUAAUCUAUGGUUUGUGAUUGUAGGUAAUUCUUUGAGGGAGAUUUACUCUAGAGAUUCAAGUCAAAGUGCGCGUGGUUCAUGAAACAAUUAACUUGGAAGGACCUAUGAGUUUUCCUUGCUUUAAGUAAUUCUUUUAUGAAGAGGAUUAACGAGGCUGAAGGGCGUUUCAGAGCUCCAAGUUUAAUAUGUUGUUAGGCUCGUUCUACAAGAAAACUGCCACGAGGUAUUUCGGCAAGUGAAUUCAAGUGGGUGUGAACAAGGUGUGAACAUUUACGGUCCGAUGAAGCUGUGUUCGUGCCGAGGUUGAAAAUUGGACCAUGAGACUUGGUUGUGAGACGAGAAAACUAUUGACCAUGAAUGGCACAACAUGAAUGUGAUAAAUUAAUGGAGUGCAAAAGGAUCUCAGGUUCUAACAAGAACCAGGAUGACCUGUAGAAUUUGUAAGUGGAAUUUAUACAAGUGCAAGCAUAAGAUAAAAGAAAUGUUAAGAGCUGAAUAGGAAAAAUGUUAAUUAACUUGACAGGUGCUGUUGAAUAUUAACAUUUUAAUUUCGUAUUAUAUAGCGGCUGCUUUGAAAUCUUCAGCGUAUUAUAUUUUUGUCAAAUUCCAGUAACUAAGCCAUUAUUUGCUGUGUGAGUGAUGGUAGUGGCUUAGUAUCUGCCUGGUAAAAUCUGUUCAACCAAUGUCAUAGUUAGGUAUACUUAGUUACUACGAUCUUACUGACACCAUGGUAACGAAGUUGACCUGCGAGCUCGUGCAUCGCGCACGCGCAAUACUAUUUUUUCUUUUUAUUUCGUAUCGAUUAAAACAAUGUCAUAGUUACUUAGUUACUAACGUCUUAAUGACACCAUGGUAACGAAGUUGACUUGCGAGCUCGCGCAAUACUAUUUUUUCUUUUAAUACGUAUCGAUUAAACCAAUGUCAUAGUUACUUAGUUACUACCGUCUUACUGACACCAUGGUAACGAAGUUGACUUGCGAGCUCGCGCAAUACUAUUUUUUCUUUGCAAUAUACGUUUCGAUACAUAUUCCUCUAAGCCGUGUGGGUAGGCACUGUGCUUCAUCACUCUUACUUGUGCAAGUUCUUCCUUAAUGCCAAGCAUUGCAUUUCAGACAAGUGGAUGUCUAAAAUCUGCAGGAGUUAACAUGAGCCGCAAUUGCAGUGAAUUUUACACUUUAAUUAGUCCGCUUGAAUCCAAUGCCUCUCAGUGGUAGCAGCACCGAGAAAGAGCUAGCCGCGGGUUCGAACCUCGGGAAGCUCGAUUCAUUUCUCGAUGUCGUUGGCAGAUAUCACAUGACAGGUGUCGAGGGUGAUGCUUCAGCAUGGCCUUGGGUUGUGCCAUAAAACAAACUCGGGUUACAUGUUUAUUGUUACGUGCGUAAUCAUUUUCAGGAUGUGAACGUUUGGAAUUUUGUUCGCCCCUUUCAUCGCAAUAUUCAACUGUAAUGCAUCACUUAUUUAUUUACUUUCUGCCAAAUGUUUCUCAUUGAUGAAAUUAUCUUUGAAACUUUUGUAAAAAUGCGUUUUUUUAUAAUCAGUUGUUAUGUUUGUCGCUAUGUUUGUACGUGUUAGUGAGAACAGAAACUAUGGUGUUACUUAUCACUUGGCCGGGCAGGCUAAUUAUCCUGUUUUAUUCCUGCUUGAAAGAGAGUAACCAAAUUCACGCAGUAGAAGUUAUAUGUGGAGAAUUCGGCUCCAAGUUGUCUCAUGUGACAAAAAUUAAUGAAAUAUCGCUUCAUUUAUAGGGGUCGCCUGGGGCUGGUGUUAUUUUGAUAGCUUAUCGGUGAAGUGAUGUGAUGCAAGUAAAUAACCUGAUGGUGUUCCCUCUA